AGCAAUUGCACGAGCAAAGAUUCUCCUUUUUCCCUUUUUGCGGGGGGGUGGGGGGUGGGGUGGGGGGAGGGAGCACCCCCAGACAUGCCUAGACAUCACCCCUUACCCCAAGCAUGCAAUAAACACUGACAAGAAAGUUUUUAUUUCCUGGUUCAACUUUUUUUUUUUCCUGGAAUAUAGACUGAGGAAUAGGAAAAAACACGAAUAAAUAACAAAGCGAGGCCGCGCGCUGUGAUGCGCCUGGCUGCAGCCAGCAAGGCUAUUGUCUGCCCGCCCUGAAGCUGUCCCCGGCUUCCUCCUCGGCUCCUUCCCUUCCGCGUCCCCUUUUUCUUCCCCAUUUUUAAAAAAGAUCCCCCCACCCUCCAGCCCCUCGCCGUGACCUUGGCCGCCGCGGAUGCGCUGAUCUUGGCCCCCUCCGCCCGCCCGCGCCGGGCCCAUGGCCGCGUCGGAGGACGGCAGCGGCUGCCUCGUGUCGCGGGGCCGCUCGCAGAGUGACCCCAGCGUCCUCACGGAGACCUCGGCCGCCUCCUCCGCGGACGCCGGGGAGAACCCAGAUGAGAUGGACCGAACCCCCGCUGUGCGCUCCGAGUAUCUGGUCUCAGGGAUCCGAACUCCCCCCGUGAGGAGGAACAGCAAGCUGGCCACGUUGGGCAGGAUCUUCAAGCCCUGGAAAUGGAGGAAAAAGAAAAACGAAAAACUGAAGCAGACGACGUCGGCUCUGGAGAGGAAGAUGGCUGGCAGGCAAGGCCGGGAGGAGCUCAUCAAGCAGGGGCUGCUGGAGGUGAUGGAGCCGGAUGCUGAGAGCAAGGUGUGCAGCCCUGGUGGAGGCCCCCGGUCGACGCAGAGCGAACCGUCCACCCCCAAGCAGGAGGCCCUGACUUCAGAUGAUGUCCAGCCAGGAAACCCCUCUGCCACCGGGACAAACCAGGCUUCCCUGGAUGAGCCACUGUCCUCAGACACCCAUACGGAUGACGCAGCCAAGUUGCCUUCUGCAUCCAGUGGGGAUGAGGCCAACACCGCCGGCAACCUCCUGCCCAGCCCUGAUGGGCCGCCUCCGGCCUUGGCUGGGUCUGGCUCUUUGGACAGCCCUCCUGGACCCCUGGAGCACUGCCUGGGCCAGCUCCCCAGCCCCCCACAGCUGCCCGCGCCCCCACCCAAGGCCAGCUGCAAAGCCACGAAGACGGGCGCAGGCCAAGCUGCGCUCUUCCAAGGCCCCAGCGGGAAGAGCACUGACUCACCCCUCCGAGGACAGCUGUCCACGCCCACAGGGUCCCCACCUCUCACCACCAUCCACCGGCCACUGCCACCCAGUCGCGUAAUAGAGGAGCUGCACCGGGCUCUGGCCACGAAACACCGCCAGGACAGCUUCCCGGGACGGGAAAGCAAAGGCUCCCCUAAGAAGCGGCUGGACGCGCACCUCUCCAGAACGGCCAGCCUGGAGCGGAGCAAGGAGAGGGAGGAGGCGUGGAGCUUCGACGAGGCCUUGGAAGACAAGCGGACUGCAGCGAAAGAGUCAGAGGAGAACAAGGAGAACUUGAUCGGGAAUUCCGAACUCAAGGACGACUUGCUUUUGUAUCAGGACGAAGAGGCACUGAAUGACUCCAUCAUUUCUGGAACACUGCCCAGGAAGUGCAAGAAGGAGCUGCUGGCAGUGAGGCUGAGGAACCGGCCCAGCAGGCAGGAACUAGAAGACCGGAAUAUUUUCCCCAGGAGGACUGACGAAGAAAGACAGGAAAUUCGGCAGCAGAUUGAGCUGAAACUCUCCAAAAGGCUGAGCCAACGACCCGCUGUGGAAGAGCUGGAGAGAAGGAACAUCCUGAAACAAAGGAAUGAUCAGACAGAACAGGAAGAAAGAAGAGAAAUCAAGCAAAGAUUAACAAGAAAGCUUAAUCAGAGACCCACUGUUGAUGAAUUAAGAGACAGAAAAAUUCUGAUACGUUUCAGUGAUUAUGUGGAAGUAGCAAAAGCGCAGGAUUAUGACAGGAGGGCAGACAAACCCUGGACACGACUGUCAGCAGCAGAUAAGGCAGCAAUUCGUAAAGAAUUAAACGAGUACAAAAGUAAUGAAAUGGAAGUACAUGCAUCAAGCAAGCAUUUGACGAGAUUCCACAGGCCAUAGAGAUUUUCUUCUGAGAAGAAUUUGUGUUUAAUUUUUGAUACCAACUCUGAACAUUCAUCAGGGAACUUUCCUGGAGCUCAGCUCAAGACUACCUGCUGUGUGAGAAGAGCAGAGUCACACACUCAGGUGCACCCUGGCCACACUUACCUACAGGAGGAGCAACCAGAGGACACACUCCUUCGCUGAUGUCUGAGGGGUGUGAACCACUGGGGCCAGCUAAGGCCCAGAGCAACUCUACCAGAAGAAAACUGUUGUUUGCCUUUCAAUCUUGUUUUACAGUUCUGCAGUGUCAUGGAGGAGGCAAAGUGCAUGUGCAGGCUCACCACUCCCAGCCUCUGACAGGAGGGACAAGUGACGCAGUGUCGCAGUGUCAUUCAGUAUUUUGUUGAAAAGACAUUUUUAUUCUGAUCAUUAGUUUGAAAACACUUUUUAGUUCAUGUUAUAUAAAAUGAUUUACUGUAUUAUACUUUUUGUUUUUUAUAUAAUGUCUAACAAAAGUACAGCUCCAACAUUUUGAUUCCUGUUAAUUUUGUUCUUUAAUUAAAUGACUACUUAUUGCAGGAAAU